CACUAACUGUAAACAGGACAAACACAACGACUUGACCAUGAAACAGUCGCGUACUCGUGCUAGUUUCGUGCCAAUCCUCUUUCUUGUCCUCCGUACUUCUGCAAUCAUUAACAGUGUUACCGCUUUUCUGGCAACGUCGGCUCGUCUCGCUGCGUCUCGUCCCGUUUUCACUUCCGGUGGCCGCAAGUCCUUUGGCAGUCAGUCUACCAGAGCUUCUUUCUCUUAUUCUCGUCGAUUUUCACAUCUGGCCAUGACUGGGAUUAAUCCUCCCGUCGCUCGUCGCGACGAGGAUCGUGUCAUUUACGUAGGUGCGGCGCCGGAAGGCUGGAAGAAGGAACUUCCCCGACAGUCCGAAUCAUCCACAGAAAGGCUGCUGGACCCUCCGACGGCGAUUCCGGAUCCGUACGGUUGGAUGCGCGAUGAAAAACGCGAGAACAAGGAUAUCCUGGAUCAUCUCGAGGCAGAGAAUGCUUACACAGAAAGUCUAACUUCGCAUUUGGAAGGGUUGCGUCAGACUCUAUAUGAUGAAAUGCUCGCGGCAAUUCAGGAAACGGACUACACCACGCCCCGUCCUCACGGUGACUGGUACUACUACACUCGCACCUUUGAGGGAAAGUCCUACACUACGCAUGUGCGGGCGCCGCGCCAACCGGAUACUCCGCUUUCCAUUCAAUGGGACAGAAAGGCAGAAUCUCCUAUUCUACCCGGCGAGCAAAUCACCUUGGACGUCAACGUACUGGCCGAAGGGAAAAAGUAUUGUUCCACGGGAUCGGUCACUAAAUCACCUUCGCAAAAAUACUUGGCCUAUUCGGCUGAUUUCACCGGCGGAGAAACAUGUGUAAUGUAUGUCAAGGACUUGACGAGUGGAGAUAUUGUAGAUCACGACGAAACACUCGAAAUGUCUGGUUCGAUUCGAUGGGGUGCGGACGACAACGAGCUAUUCUAUUUGAAAAUGGAUGAAGCGCACCGCCCGUAUCAAGUCUACCGUCGUCGACUGGGCAACAACGAUCCAGAUGAAAUGCUUUUGGAAGAAAAAGACGAACUGUACUGGAUGGGAAUCUCCAAAUCGCUCGACGGCAAGUACUUGUUUAUUGAAGUCUCGUCCAAAGAGACAUCGGAAAUCCACUUUUUGGACUUGACAGAUCCGAACGCCAACUUGCAGUGCGUCGCGCCUCGCCGAUUGAAAGUGCUCUACGACGUCGAGCACCGCAAUGGUCGUUGGUGGAUCGAAUCCAAUGUAGGCGGUUUACCAGAUAUGGCGUUGUGGGCAGCUCCAGCCAAUGCUCACUGUGCCGAUGAAUGGCAGCUCGUUACGGACGCUGCUGGCGUAGCGCUCUUUGAGGGCGGUGAAGACCGAGCGUUGUCGGCGAUUACCUGCUUUCAAGACUUUGUCGUUAUGCAAGGUCGUGAAGGUGGAUUACCACGGGUGUGGAUUGCCGCCAUGGAUGGAGAUAGCGUGCAAACGUUUCAACAACUCUUGUUUGACGAGGAUGCCUAUGACGCUGGCGUUGGUACCCACUACGAAUACGAUACAAGAAAGAUUGCGGUUGCUUACGAUUCGCUCGUAACGCCAACGCAAUCUCUAGAGAUUGACUUGGCCAAUACAAACGAGCGCACGGUUCUCAAAGAAAGGGCUGUUCCAGGAUACGAUAAGGAACUGUACGCCUGUGAACGCACGACUGUCAAGUCCCGGGACGGAAGCGUAGACAUUCCGGUAAGCCUUGUCUAUCGCAAAGACGUUAUGGAAGAUCAUCUUCAAUCCGGGAAGGCCGUUCACACUCAUUUGUAUGGCUACGGCUCUUAUGGAGCUUGUAUCGAAGCCGACUUUCGUUCCACUCGGCUGCCUUUGCUGAACAGGGGCGUUAUUUACGUUAUUGCACACAUUCGGGGCGGCGGAGAGAUGGGACGCAAGUGGUACGAAGAGCCCAACGGUGCCAAAUAUCUUUGCAAGAAGAAUACCUUUGAUGAUUUCGUGGAUGUUGCCAAGUGGUUGAUCAGCGAUCGCAAACUUACAUCGCCGGAUGUGCUAUCGUGCGAAGGACGGAGUGCGGGUGGGCUUUUGAUUGGCUCCAGUAUCAAUCAAGCUCCUGAGCUUUUUCAGAUGGCCAUUCUUGGUGUCCCUUUUGUGGAUGUGCUAUGUACUAUGGUUGAUGCGAGUAUUCCUCUGACGGCUGUAGAAUGGGAAGAAUGGGGGAACCCGAACGAAGAAAAGUACCACCAAUACAUGAAGGAGUAUUGCCCCGUCCAAAACGUAAAGAAAGCCAGGUACCCUUCCUGCCUGCUAACGGGGGGCCUGCAUGAUCCUCGAGUACAGUACUGGGAACCGUCCAAGUUUGCUGCCACGCUUCGUCAUACCCAGUCCAACGAAUCUGGCCCAGUUUGUGUCAAGAUGGAUAUGAGUGCGGGUCAUUUUAGCGCCAGUGACCGAUACAAGUACUUGAAAGAGCUUGCCUUUGACUACGCUUUCCUUCUC